AUGGAAUUGUCAGAGGCUUUCGUGGCACAGGCCACUGCGCGCGCAGCGGCCGCACACCAUGCUCCUCAGACCACUGGUAACACCGCCCUGCCAAGACACAGCGGGGCAAGCCUAAGUGCGGCGGCAGCAGUGGCAACGGUCGGGGUUCUGUCCAGUGCCCGGCGUCAUCGUCCAAAGCUGUUGAAACGGCGGUUGGCGAAGGUGACGAAGGCCGCUGUGCCUCCCGAAAGCAUCGACCUGCUACACCCACAUGUGUGGAGCGGCUUGGAAGAGCAAAGCACUCAACUGCUGCAGCACUUCACACAGGGUUUGCAGGCAGGAGACAGUCCACCCAAUGCGGAAGGAGUUGCUGCCGCCGUACAGCAGCUCACUGAGAUCUUCUCUGAAGCAGCAGGUCGCCUAGCCCAUGAGAUCGUGCCUCCAGCCUAUGCAGCUGAUGCAAAGCCCAUUGAACUGGACCCGAACGUGACGUAUCUCUACGGGGCAGAUGGCGCUGUCCUCGUGGACCCAAUGAACAACAAGCCUCUUCCUGAUGACUGGUGGAACGGCUUCAUCGGCUUCCAAGCCGGUCUCAUCAAGCAAAUUGACCAGGCCUUGAGGGACAACGGCGUGGAGCAAGCCUUCGGGUGGACCAUCGUCGCCUACACCGCUUUCAUUAAGCUCCUCUUCUUCCCACUGCAGCAGGGCCAGCUGAAGAGCACGUCCAUGAUGCAGCUGCUGAGCCCGAAGGUCAAGGAGAUCCAGGAAAAAUACAAGGACGACCCGGACACACAACAGCGACUCCUCGGACAGCUCUAUGGUGUCAUGGACGUCAACCCGUUGGGAGGAUGCCUUCCGGUAUUUCUGCAGCUACCCAUCUUCUGGAGUCUCUACGGCGUUUGGCGCCGCCUUGCCGCCGAAAAAUUCCCGCACUACACUGAGGGCUGGCUCUGGGUGCCGUCUCUGGCACAGCCGAAUCCGGACUUCCAGUUCAAGUAUGACUGGCUGCUGCAGUUCGAAGAUGGUAAGCCAGCUAUGGGAUGGGAGAACUACCUCUCGUACCUGGUAUUUCCCGUCUUGCUGGUUGGCUUCACGGUCUUUCAGCAACAGCAGGCUCAAGCCGCUCGCCCAAAGACUGGCAACGAGGAGGAUCCCCAGAACCUGGUGCUGCAGGUGCUGCCAUGGAUCUCUGUUUACUUCAUCGGCAGCUUGUCCCUGCAGCUUCCGCAGGCCGUGUCCGUGUACUACUCCAUGAACACCGCCUUGUCAGUGCUGCAGACCGCCGUCGUGAAGUACGGAUUGCGGCAGGAGAUCCCCGGCUAUGAGGAAUUCGAAAGGACUGGAAAGUUUCCGGACGGCACUUUCGAGAACAUGGUGAGGUCCCAAACGCCGCCACCGAAGACACUCCACGAGGCUGCGCUGAGAGGAGAGGUGAAGUUUAUAGAAGAGAUGCUGGAAGAUGAGAGCGUAGACAUCAAUAAGUGGGACGAGAAGAAGAUUUCGCCUUUGGGCUACGCCGUUGCUUGUGGCCACCUCGACGCCGUGAAGGUGCUUUUGAAGAGAGGUGCUGAUGUGACAAUGAAAGACGGUCAGGAUAAUACAAUGUUGCACUACGCCGCCGGUUAUGGCCACAUGGCUGUCCUUGAGGAGUUGCUCGAGGCGUCUGACAAGGUUUGGAAGGACAACGACUGGUGCACCUUCAGAAACAGCAAAGGCCAGAGCGUCGUCGACGCAGCGCGUGUGAACAGGAAGGGCCAGGUUGUGGACUUCCUUUGUGAGCGCCUGGGCGUCGAAGCCCCUGAAGUCAAGGCGCCAAUCGCCGUGACUGCGAGUCCGGAAGCCGGCAAAGAGUCCUCAGAAGCCGAUCGGGCCCGAGCUGCACUUCUUGCUGCUGCCGGGGGUAAGGUGCCCGCAGCACCAACCGGAGGAGCUCCACCCCAGGCCGGCGAAGCUGCCACGGCGAUGCGAGCUGCGGUAGAAAAGCUGAAGUCCAAUCCAGAGGCGGUCGAGCAAGCCCGCAAGAUGAUGGGCAAGAUUCCGCCACAGAUGUUGCAGAUGCUUUCCGGCAACAAGAUUUCAGCCGAGCAGGCACAGAAGGCAAUGGACGCGAUGUCCGAGAUGAGCACCGAGGACCUCUUGGAAAAGGCGGAUCUGGCGGCCGACAAGUUGGAGGGCCAAAAGGAAACCGUACCACCGUCCCCGGCGCCUGGUGGCGGAAAGCCAGCACGAUCCGUCGAUUGA